AAGCGUUGCACACGCAUGAGUACAGGGAGAGUGGAGAUGCGCGCUUUCAGUCAACCGCGCUGUGUGGGGCGGUCUCUGCUCAGAAAUGUCUGAAUAUGUCAAGAAUCACUUCAGCUGCCGCACGCUUUCAAAUAGCAAUCCAUUGCCGCUACGAAGGAAGAGUUUCACAUAUGCCGUUUAGCUUCAUAAGAUUAUGAGGGAUUCCUUUGCGAUUGCGGUGCGUAGCUUACAGAGCAAAGGGGUAAAGGAGGAACAGUUGGAGCGCUGUCCAGGGUCCUGAAGUCAAGAAGCCAGAGGUGCUGAAGAGAGCAUAGGCAUUCACAGAGGACUGUAUGUCCAUGCCAAACAAGCCUUGAGAUGACUCGGAAAAGGCUGCGUCCUGUGGCUGUCUGGGGAUUCGUUGCGUGGGAAAUAGGAAUUCUGUUGAGUUUGGUAGCUUCAAAAAAACUAGAAAACCCUCAAGGAAGAACAGCAUCCAUGUCGUCACCCUCUGACUUCCUUGACAAGCUCAUGGGAAGAACCUCAGGUUAUGAUGCCAGAAUUAGACCCAACUUUAAAGGUCCGCCUGUGAAUGUAACAUGCAACAUAUUCAUUAACAGUUUUGGCUCCAUUGCAGAGACAACUAUGGAUUACAGAGUGAACAUAUUUCUCCGGCAGAAGUGGAACGACCCUCGGUUAGCUUACAGCGAGUACCCAGAUGACUCUCUGGACCUUGAUCCCUCAAUGUUAGACUCCAUUUGGAAGCCUGAUCUGUUCUUUGCCAAUGAGAAGGGAGCACACUUCCAUGAGGUCACGACUGACAACAAGCUCUUGAGAAUAUUCAAAAAUGGAAAUGUCCUCUAUUCAAUCAGACUGACUCUAACGCUCUCAUGUCCGAUGGAUCUGAAGAAUUUCCCCAUGGAUGUGCAGACGUGCAUAAUGCAGCUGGAAAGUUUUGGCUACACAAUGAAUGACCUGAUCUUUGAGUGGCAAGAAAAGGGACCUGUACAGGUGGCCGAAGGUUUGACGCUUCCACAGUUCAUCCUCAAGGAUGAAUCUGAUCUAAGAAACUGCACCAAGCACUAUAACACAGGCAAGUUCACAUGCAUUGAGGUACGUUUUCACCUGGAAAGACAGAUGGGCUACUACCUGAUCCAGAUGUACAUUCCCAGUCUGCUAAUCGUCAUCCUGUCCUGGGUCUCCUUCUGGAUUAACAUGGAUGCCGCUCCUGCCCGUGUCGCCCUGGGAAUCACCACAGUGCUCACAAUGACAACUCAGAGCUCUGGAUCCAGGACAUCCUUACCUAAGGUGUCUUACGUGAAGGCUAUUGAUAUCUGGAUGGCGGUGUGCUUGUUAUUUGUCUUUUCUGCCCUAUUGGAGUAUGCUGCAGUCAACUUUGUUUCACGGCAACACAAAGAACUCUUACGAUUCCGACGGAAAAGAAAGAAGUCCGGCAAGGAGGAGGAUGUGCAGGAGAGCCGGUUGAGCAUCACGCCCAAUUCGGGGAAAGACGGAGCCGUGCCCAAAGCUGCUAAUAAUGCAGCCACAACAACCUCUAUCCCAGCCCUUACUGCCAGCAAGAGUCAUGAGGAGAUGAGAAAACUCUUCAUCGACCGAGCCAAGAAGAUUGACACUGUGUCCCGUGCCGGAUUCCCACUGGCCUUCCUGUUUUUCAAUAUUUUCUAUUGGGUUCUUUACAAAAUCCUUCGCCACGAGGACGUGCACAAGCCAUAGAUGGAACAUACAGUGUUGCACCUUGGGAGGUACGGUAGUAACACAGCAAAGCUGCAUCAAUGAACUCUGAUGUUAUUACUUGCGUGCAAUGUUUCCUGCUGAGGCCUAUGCUAAAAUGACUAUGAAAAACUGUGAUGUCAAGGACCGGUGGUUAUUUCAAAUCUUUUUUUUUUUUUUUUGUGUUGUACACCCAAAUACGGACACUGCGCUCACUAUGCAAUGGAUAGGCAUCCGUAGGGCCUCUGACACACCUGUCCCGUAACUAUAACAAAUGUGGUCAGCACUUCCACACACCUGUUUAACACAGAAGCACAGUCCGAUACUGACUACAGCCCCGUGUAGUGACAGUUAUGUGUGUCUAGCACUGGUUUUGUCAACUCUGUUAUUUUACAGCUUUACUGCCAAUGUUCUGUGUUGUAUUUUUGAUAUACAGCUAUUGAUAAAUUGCAAGAGUGCAAAAGCAGAAAUGUAUAUUAUACAGAUAUCCAAACACAAACUACUAUUGUUGAUUAUUUUAUAAAGACGUGUUGAAUAGUUUUUAUUAGCAUUUUGGUCAGCGUAAUGUAUACUCAAUCAUUUUACACCAACCUGAUUGAUGACCAGCUCUAGAAACCAGCAUCCAGGCCAAAAUCAUUCUGAGCUUAAAUCUCAAGAAUGACUCUGAACCAGCAACAAACAAUAUUCUGUUUACAGCAAGCCUAUGAACACCUUAAAAUUAACUGCUUCAAGGAAACACAUUUUGAAAACAUUAAUAGGUAGUUUACUGUCAUUAACCAUUAAGAAAUUGAAACAAUCCUUCCAAGUCCAAGUCCAAUUCAAGUUUUUUUUUAAACAAAAACAUUAUUUUUCGAAAACCAUUGCCAGUCACUUCAAACUAAUGGUGCCACCACAAAAUAAUGUGGCUGUGGGUGAAUUCUAUGAAUAGAAUGAAUAGAAAAAAAUAAUUAAAGGAGGGAUUGUUAGGACAAUGUUGAAGUGAGACUAGUCCUCAUUUUAAAAAAAAAACAAACAAAAAAAAAACAAAUAUAUAUAUAAUGCAAGUUUGUAAGUGAGACUUUUAAAAUGACUCAAAAUUAAGAACAUAAUUUGAGAGGUUUUAAACUAAGAUAGCUGCAUGUAUGGUGAAGAAUUCUGAAUAGAAUUUUCUUGAAUGAUACUAAAAGAGAACAAAAUGUAAUCCUGACUUUCCCGGGCGGGGUAUUGCAAAUGCAAAAACAUUGUAUUGAAAUAUAAUCACUGUUUAAAACAGUUAAAAUACUUGGACCAAACUUUCUUAAACCUCUCCCAACAUCAACAUUUGUAAUUCAUAUUGUACAAACAUUAUUAAAUGUUAUGCAUGAAUUCAAGUCUAUUUUCACCGUUUUCAAUGUGCAUUGGCCAGAAGUCAUCAUUUUCUCGCUGCUAUUAAAAUAGGUUAUAUAGGAGACAUGCUCCUCUGUAUACAUCUGUAAAUACUUCUGCCAAACUUUACAAUGUCCGUAUUACACAAGUACAUACAGCUAAUGGACCAGCUAUAAUAGCCUACUGUGUCUAAAAAAAAUUACAACAAAAUAUUUUACCUUUGUGUUUAUUUAAAAUGGUCAGUAACCAUUUAACAUAAACGCUGUAAUGUAAAGUUAUUUUCAAAUGUUUACUGAUGGGCCCUGUGAGAAAGACGGAAAAAUAAAUGUUUAUAAAAGCAUCCUUUGUCUCUUGUUCAUUUGGGUUACGCACUCCACGUGUG